AUGAAGCUCUCGGCGUUGCAGCAGAGCUACCUCAACCGCCGGAGCAACAGCUUCAGAGGAUCGCCGCCGUUGGAAUCCACCGGCGAAGCCUCAGGUAAGUCGCCGGUGACAGUCUUCUGGCUCCUCCUCCAUGCUGCUUGCUGCCUCAUUAGCCUAGUCCUCGGUUUCCGCUUCUCUCGCCUCGUCUUCUUGUUCCUCUUCUCCGCUUCCUCCACCAACCUCUUCUCGGUUCCGUUUGGCGGCGGCUCCGGCGCCGGCACCGAAACCUCCGUAACGCUCCGCGCUCAUUCCUCCCUCUCCUCGAACCCGAUCGCGAACCUUGAGAAUCCGGCGAGAAGGACCGGUCUGGUCACCGGCUCCACCGGCAGCCGGGUGGUAGUCGGGCGCCACGGGAUCCGAAUUCGGCCUUGGCCGCAUCCGCAUCCGGACGAGGUGAUGAAGGCUCACCGGAUAAUUGAGAGAGUUCAGAGGGAGCAGAGGGCGCUGUUCGGAGAGAAGAACCCUAGAACGGUGAUUGCAGUGACACCGACCUACGUGCGCACGUUCCAGAAGCUUCACUUGACCGGCGUGAUGCACUCGUUGAUGCUGGUUCCGUACGAUGUGGUGUGGAUCGUAGUGGAGGCCGGCGGAGUCAGCAAUGAGACUGCUUCCGUCGUUGGCAGGUCAGGGCUUAGAACCAUCCACAUUGGGUUCAAUCACCGGAUGCCGAAUUCCUGGGACGCCAGGCAUAAAUUGGAGGCUCGGAUGCGGCUUCAUGCUUUGAGAUUUGUGAGAAAAGAGAAUCUGGAUGGAGUUGUGAUGUUUGCUGAUGAUAGCAAUAUGCAUAGUAUCGAGCUGUUUGAUGAAAUUCAAAGUGUGAAAUGGAUCGGUGCUGUUUCGGUUGGAAUACUUGUUCAUUCAGCUGGUGCGGAUGAAUCUUCGUCCUUAAAGGGUGAGGAGGAGACCCCACCAAUGCCAGUGCAAGGUCCUGCUUGUAAUGCGACCAACAAUUUGGUUGGGUGGCAUACCUUCAAUUCGUUAAGUUAUACAGGAAGAAGUGCAGUUUACAUAGAUGACAGGGCACCUGUGUUGCCCAGAAAGCUUGAGUGGUCUGGGUUUGUGUUCAAUUCUAGGUUGCUUUGGAAGGAUCUUGAUGAUAAGCCAGACUGGAUUAAGGAUCUUGAAGCGUUAGAUGAUGACAUAGACAGUCCACUGUCUCUGCUCAGGGACACUUCUGUGGUAGAACCACUUGGGAGUUGUGGACGCCAAGUUUUGCUUUGGUGGCUACGGGUUGAAGCUCGCACAGACAGCAAAUUCCCUGCUCAAUGGAUAAUUGACCCUCCUCUGGACAUAACCGUGCCAUCAAAACGCACUCCAUGGCCAGAUGCACCUCCUGAGCUCCCAAUUAAUGAAAAAGUUCUGAUUGAAACACAAGAACAGACGACCAAGCAGUUGCCUACAAAAACUAGAACAUCCAGAGCCAGGCGGAGUCGAAGUAAGAGAAAGCAUGAUACCAAAGUGAUAGGUGUGCAAGUCUCUACACAUUCUGAAGAAAACUGAAAUGUGAAUAAGUACGUUUUAGGAUUAUACUGCCUUGUGGAUACAACACUGCUGGCCCUCAUUGACUAGAAUCUGGAUUGAACAAAUGAAGCAGCAGAUGUUCUUACCGGAUACAUAUAUUGGGGGUAACUUCUAAAGUGGGCUAGCAUCUGUGCAUUCGAGUCUUGAUUUCUUCACAAAAUUUUUUACAUUGAUUUUUUUUUUCUCUCAUAUUUUUGUUGGGGUGAUAUAUAUU